AUGAACCCCGCCGAGCUCAGCCGGCCUGCGAUCGGCCUUACCACCCCGGUACUCUCUCAUAAAUCCAUUACCGUUGGCGCUUCGUCAUUACAGAAGACGCCAAAAGUUAGCAAUGCAGUCCCGGCCCGGAUAGACCUCGAGCCGGUAUACGCAGCCCUGAAGGCCGCGAUCGGGAGUGAGCUAUGGCCGGUGUACAAGGAGACGACAUCACAGUUCUUGGUUGGCCGACUCACACAAGCUGAAUUCUCCGAGCGCGUUGAUCCCAUCCUUCUCUCCGCCAAUGGCGAAAAAGAACACCUCCACAACCAGCUCAUUGCCGCCAUAUAUGGAAAUGUCACGCGUGAGAUGCCUGAUCAGGGGCUUGCCCCAUGGGUCAGCGCCAAUGACAAACCCUCGGCGACGGCCGGCAGCAAGCCUGUAACGGGAGAUGCUACGGAGCGGAGGGUAAAGGGCGAGGUCAUGCAGCUGCCAGCUAGAGAUCGGAGGCGUAUCAAAGAUCUUGCUACAAACGAGAUUGUGGACCCGCACGAAGCUCUCGCUGGCGUGUUCUCCGAACAUCACAGGGCAAAAGCUCCGAGAACACAAGAGGUGCCCCAAAGUGCUGCUGGUGGCUUGAAUCGCAUGAAUUGGGACCUCGAGAUUCGAAAACGAUAUGCACAGCCACUCGCAGUCGAAUCCGGCGAGUUCCCAGACACAAGUAAUGUCGAGGCACGUAUGCUGCCAUUUUGCUAUGAGUCUGGACUGGUGUCCGGACAUGCUCCUGAGGCAGCGGGAUUUGUUUCGGUGGCUGCCGAGGUUUUUAUAAAAGAAGUAUUAUCUGCGAUCCUAUGUCGUACAAGAAGCAACGGCCCCGGUGAGUUGGGUGGUGGGUCCACCAAUAUAACGGAGGGAACAACGUGGAUACAAACGCACAAGUACCGCAAGCAGCUGGCUAGGGAGGAGGAAUCGGCGAGGCGUGGUGAACUGUCAAGAGAUAAAAGCGGUUUGCUACCCGUCGAAGCGCGUUCGGCCAGUGAACAGGGGCCAGUUGGGAUGGCUGACCUCCAACUUGCUUUGGACAUGGGCGAGUGCGGUAUGGCGAACUUCCCGCUAGUCAGUCAGACUAUCAACUACAGCUACCGCGAAGGAGAGCUCGAGGCUUGGGAGGACUACACAUGGAUAGGCGGGGAGCCACCAAAGGACAGGGAUGGCGACACGCGCAUGGUGGAGGCCUCCGCCAAGACAAAGAGUCUAAAGACGGCCAUUGGACUACCAAAUGGAGUGCCCCACGAAGAUGCAAUGGAUAUCGACAACUCAGAUGACGAUAUCUGGUGGGAAGGUGCCGAUUUCGACGACAGCGGCUCGUUUGACAACGUUCUCGACGCCUGUUUAACUGCAUAA